GCUGAGCAGUAAUGGAUAAGGUAACCUUGAAGCCCUGGUUCCAAGCUUUCUGACCUAUGCCCAUGAGAGGCUGCGCUAACACCGGAGCUAAAUUUUCGGGCUUCAUCUGCUCUUUCCGCUGCCUACGCUGGCGGCUUUCCUCUGUCGCCUUUUUCCCUCUCCUUGGGAAUGGAAUUAUAAGCCGUUUCCCUGCGGCACACCCCACCCCCCCACCCCGCCCCGGGCCUCUUUCUCCAAGAACCCCUGCCACCAGGGAUAAGAAACAGGAUGCUGUGAGGUGUUCCGUGGCCAUUUUGAUUCUGGAGGAUCUGAACAUUCAAGCCUUGGCAACAAGUGACUUCUUUGGGUAAAAAUAGGGUCGUCGCGUCGUCUUGGAAGAACUGGCAGUCACAGGGCCAGCACAACACUCAGCUCCAGCCAAGAUUAGCGAGGAGAAACCCAGGGUUUUUUCUUUUUUUUUUCUUUUUUCACAUUUUAUCAAUAGCCCAAAUCUAUUUUUGCAAAGGGAUUACGCUUGACUAAAGUUCUGCAUUCUGCUAUGACAGAGUCCAUCACUGAAGUGCGAUCGUCGACGACGACGACCACUCUCAUUGACAGCAAGAAUGGGGACGUCGGUCACAUGGUCAGGAUGUCAAAGAAGACCAUGACCGAUGACCUGUACAGCACAUUCAGCUCGCCCAUGGCAUGGAUCCUGGUCCUUGCCCUCGUAAUCACCUGGUCAGCAGUCGCUGUCAUCGUCUUCGACCUGAUGGACUACAAGGGGCUAACCGCCUAUACAUUUUACUGUGACGACCCCUGUUUACCACCUGGGCCACGCCCAGCCGGUGUCAGCAAAGCAAUAGAGGAGGCAGAGAGGCCUAGAGGAAGCAUUCAGGAAAUUGGCUCUGAUCCCAUGAAAGUUGUCAAUGAUGCAGUGGAGGAGUCUACGGACUGGAUGAAGACCGUCAUGACCUUUGUGUCAGACCUGCUAGCACCGGACGAGGAUGAUGACUAUGAAGGUGACCUGGCACACGGAGUGAGGAAAAAAGGAGAGUAUGAUGAUGAUGACGAUGAAGAAGAGGAAUAUUUAGAUGACUAUUAUUAUGAUGAUGAGGAGGAGGAGGAGGAGGAGGAGGAAGACAAAGAAGGAGAAUUUCUGCCAUCAAGGAAGAAAGUUGCAGAAAUGAUGGUGGAGGAGGAGGCCGAUGAUCAGGCCCCAGUUGUUGAAGAGGACGAUGAGGAGGAGGAAGAUGACGGUGACGACAUUGAUGAGGAGGAUGUUGUGGUGGAAGAGGAGGAGGAGGAGGUGGAUGAGGAGGAGGAGGAGGAGGAAGAGGCGGAUGAAGAUGACCAUGAUACCAUUGAAGAAGAGGAUCUUGAGGAGGAGGGAGUGGAGGGUGUGGAAGAAGAGGAGGAGGAGGAGGAGGAAGAGGCCGAGGAUGAUGAAGAUUCAACUGUAAUUGAAACUGAUGAUGAGGAUGCUGAUGAACUGGAAGAAGAUGAUAAAGAUGACAUUGCAGAUGAUGGCGAAGGAGAGGAGGUCAGUGAUGAUGAAUCUGCUGACGAAGAAGAAAUCGCAGUGGAUGACAUUGAUGAAGGAAAAAUAGUUCAUGAUGAUGAUGAUGAAGUAGAGAAAGACGAUGAAAUCGAUGAAGCUGGUGCUAUUGAGGGUGAUAAAGCAGCUGCUGCUUCUGCUGAUGAUGAUGAUGAUGAUGACAUUGAGGACAAAGAUCAGGAUGAUGAAACUGAAGAGGAAGCACAUAAAGCUGAUGAAAAAAUGGAUGAUGAUGAUGAAAAAGAGGAGGUGGAUGACAAAAAAAUUAUUGAGGAUGAAGUUGAUGACAAGGGAGAUGCUGAUGCCUCUGAGGAAGAAAAAGAUGAUGAUGACGAUGAUGAAGAUAAGGUCACAAUAGAGGUAAAAGAUGAUGAUGCUGUUGCUAGUGAUAUCUCUGAUGCCGACGACAGCGAAGUAAUCCAACAAAAAGUUGAAGAUGAUGUUGAUAAGGAUAAAGAAGCUGGUGAUGAGGAUGAGGGCGUGGAAACAUCUGAUGGCCAAGGCGAUUCUAUUGUUGAAGAAGUUAAAGAUCUGUCUGAUGUCAAAGACAGUGGUGAAGACGAUUCAGGUGAUGAUGACAGAAAACAAUCUGAAGAUGUGGAAGAUGAAGAGGAUCACACUGAUGCCGCUGGCGCUUCUGAUGAGGAUGUUGAUGAGAAAGAUGAUGAACAUCUUGAUGCUGAUGCUCAGGAUGGAGCUGGUCAGGAUGUCAGCGAAGAUGACAAAGCUGAGGUCACUGAUGACAAAGACAUAGCUGGCAUUGGGGGUGAUGAUGAUGCUGAUGAUGAUGAACACGAUGUUAGUGAUGAUGAAAAGGGUGAUGUCACUGAUGUUGCCGCUGAUGAAGAUAAAGAUUCUUCUCAGGAUGCUGACAAAGACAUUACUGUUGCCACUGAAAAAGAUGACUCUGACCAAACAGAUGAUAAGAGUCUUGACACAAAAGAUCAAGAAGAAGUUGUAAAAGAAUCGUAUGACAUUGCCAAAGAAGGUAGUGACGUUGAAGAAUUGGAUGCUGUCAAAAAAGCAGAAGAUGAUGCUGAGCAUGAUGGGGGUGAACAGUUGAAGGCUGGUGAUGAUCAUGAAGAAAAAUCUCUUGAGAAAGAUGAUGGGGUUGAUAAGCAUCUUGUGGAGACCAUUGAGGAUCGUGGACUUGACACGGAUUUUGAUAUUAGUGAUGAAGUUGACAGCGGAACAGAUGGCGUAGACAGUGAUAAAGAUGACAAGGACGAUGAAGCCACUACUGAUGAGAUAACAACUAUCAGUCAGGAGGGAGUAGAUAAAGAUGAGGUUGAAGCAGAGGAGAAGGUAGUCGAGGUAGAACACGACAAAACCUCAGCUGUCAAAAUAGGGGAAGCUGGCGAAAAAGAUGAUGGCGACAUCAUCACUGACAUCACAGAGGAGAGCCUUACUAUUGUGUCUCAGGAUGAUGAUGUGGAGAAAGGUGGAGAGAAGGAAGCAGAACAUGAAAAAAUCCUACUUGUAAAACCUCAUGACAUAGACAAUGAGAAGAAGGAGGAAGAUGAGGAUGAGAAGGAUGAUUUAAAAUCUGUUGACAUCACUGCGGGUGAUACAGAGGAAGAUGUUGAAGAUGUGCUGAGUGUGGAUAAGAAAAAACCUGUGGACCAGGUGCUGGAACAAAGCCCAGUUUCCCAAGCGCAUGAAACAGAUGAUAAAGAUCUGAGCAGUAAAGAGGAUAACCAGGAUGAUGACAUAUUAGAUGUUGAUGAUAGUGAGAAAGUCAAAGAGCAGGCAAAGGAUGCGAAAGCUGAUUUAAUCAAAGAAGAGAGGAUCAAGGCUGAAGCCAGUCCAGUGUGCACAUGCCAUGUUAUGCUUCACACCAUGGAGGCAGUCUCUCAAGAAAAAGAGGUUCUACAUCAGCAGCGUAUGAAAGAAUCUAUAGCCAUUGAACCUGCAAAAGAAAAACCGGAGAGAAAAAUAAGAGAUGAAAAGAAAGAACCUGAAAAAGAUAUUAAACUGGCUAAAGAAAAACCAGAGAAAAAAGCAAGAGGAGAAAAGAAAGAACCCGAAAAAGUCAUUAAACCGGCUAAAGAAAAACCAGCGAGAAAAGCAAGGGGAGAAAAGAAAGAGCCUGAAAAAGCCAUAAGGAAAUCAAGACCCGUGAAAGAGGAAAAGGAGAAGAAGUUGGCGAAACCCGACAGGAAAGCGGAGAAGGCGAAGAAGGAGGUGAAGGCAGAGGAAAGAGUGACGCCCAGAGCGAGGCCCAGGGCAGAGAAGCGGGCGAAGGCGGAAAUCAAAGAAGAAGCCAAACCAAGGUCAGCCAAAGAGGUGAAGAGGAAAGCUGAGCGUGAACCUGCUAAAAAGAAGACUCCAGGUGUGAAAAGAACAGAAGCUAAGCUCCUGAAGGAAUCAAAGCCUAAGCUCAAAGAAACAGGUAAACCUGAAAAAGUAGAGAAGAAAGAAGGCAAGAAAUUAUUAGAAGCGAAGAAAGAAGUUAAAAUCAAAGAGAAGGUUUUAUUGAAAGAUAAGGAAGUAAAGCCAGCGAAAAAGGCCGAAGUAAAAGAAGUUCGACUUUCUGCAGUGAAAACCAAGGCAAAAGCUGUGACUGCAAAGACAAAAGCUAAAAGAAAAGUUGCUAAAAGUGAAAAGGCAGAUGUUUCAAAGAAACCACGUGAAGAAAUCACAAAAAAGGCCCAUGCUUUACUGAAAAAGAAAGAACCAGAAGCUCAUAAAAGGGUGCCUGUUGAAGAAAAACCCAAGAAAAAAGAACCUGAAGUUACAAAAAAGGAACAUGCAGAACUACUUAAAAAGAAAGCCCCAGAAGCUGUUAAAAAGGUGCAUGUGGAUUCACCUAAAAAGAAAGAGGUUCCUAAAAAAGUGAAGACAGAACCAGCAAAAAAAGAAGCACCUGUUAAAAAGGAGCCUGAAGUCGCCCCAUGCAAACCUAUGCCAGUGUACUGUCCAGCACCCCCUGGCUGGUAUGUGCACCACAUUGUUACAGACAAUCCCAUGCCACCUCCUAUUAUUACAGGUUCAGAAGUUCCCAUAGUAACAAUUCAACCAACCCCUGCAAUGCAAGAUACUAAGGCACCAAAAGAGAAGGUUAAAGUGAUCACUUCAAAGAAAGAGGCUGAAGUUUCCAAAGAGAAAACCAAGCAAGCAUCUGUAAAGAAAGUUCCUCUGCUGGAGGCUACAAAAGACAAACUGGAGCCAGGCGCCAUAAAGAAAGAGGCUGUAGUUUCCAAAGAGGAGACCAAGCAAGCACCUGUAAAGAAAGUCCCUGUGCUGGAGGCUCUGGAAGAAGAACUCAAGCCCGCUGCCAUAAAGAAAGAGCCCGAGGUUGCCAAGGAGAAGGUCAUGACCGCCCCAGUCAAAGAAGAGCCCGGGGCUUCUGAAGAGCAACCCGAGCCAACAGCCAUAAAGAAAGAAAAUGAAACUUUGGAGAAAAAAGAAGACAAAAUAACCGAGGCUAAACCUCCCUCAGCUGAUGGCAAAGCAAAAAUUACCCAUGCACCAAAGAUAUUACAGCGUGUUAAAUCUCACAGAGCAAAACCCAAAACUACAGCGGACGCAGGUAAACCUGCUGAGGCAGACAAAUCUGCUGACAAGGACACACAAGAAAAUGACCUGAAGCCCCCGGCACCAGGAAACAACGUGACUGCCAGCAUGGACGCAGAGAAGAAAGGGCCUGGGAAAAAGAUGCCAUACAUGCAAUGCGUACUGGUGCGUGGGAAAAAGGGCCAGCUCCCCUUUUCCGCCUUCCCAAUUGUACCCCCCGUGAGUCCGGGAGAAAGACCCCCAACGAUGGACUCCAAACCCAGACCCCCAGGGAACUAGAACACCAGGACAGCCCCCAUCUUGCGUCAGCUUGAUUUUCUUUGCACUGUAGGCCACGCCAGCAGUGGGGCGAUUUGUUUCCUCUAUUGUGACCUAGCUGGAAUGCUGGAAUGCUACAAGGUCUUCACUGCAAACACAGGUCAAUCAGGGACUGAAGGAAAAGACCGACGGUUUUUACUUAUUUAUUUAUUUUGAACUUUUUCCAGGACAGGUUGAGCUGCCGUGGAUUUCAGAGUCUGUAAACCCCAUUCCUUUGCACAUGGCUUUUGCGUUGCGUUUGGUGGUGUCAAGUUCUAUGCUAAGUUUCUGUGUUGUUUUAAUAAUACAGUCAUUGCGGGGAGCGAAAGAUUUAACAUACCUAAUAAAGUCAAUAGGUGCAAUAGGUGUUACCAUAUACAGUCAAUCAAUGAACUUCUUAUUCAGUGAAAGCCUGUCAACAUAUAUACAUAUGUGUUAAGUAAAAAUGUAAUAACCUACUAUCACAGUUCAUUAAACAUAGCCAUUUUUACUUGUACUUAAAUAUGUGCAAUAUCAGAUUUUCUCUAACUUCUGAAAACACAUUUUUACCAAGUUAACAGCAAACACUUUUGCUCAGGUAAUUUAUUUAUAGUUACACAUUUAUUUAUUUGUUAUUGUAAAUUCUAAAAUAUAAAAAGUAGGUGGAGUGUCAGUUAUGUACAAUACACAUAGUGGAAUGCACCACAAAUAGAAUUAUACAUUUGUGUGUUUGUGUUUUGUCUUGUUUUUGCGACUGUAUUGGUGAAUCGUCUGCUUGCCUGCUUUAUGUAGCUAUGUAUCAGUAAUCACAAAAUCCAUUUUUUAGGAUCCCUUCAAAUAUAUUUUGGCAAAUUUUUCCAAAACUACUGUUAGUUUCAGACAGUCUUGGUUACUGUUGCUGUGGACAAUAAAAUAGACCCCAGUGGAAUGUUUUCACAUUUUUGUUAUUGAAGUAUUUUCCCAUUCCAUGUUUAUCUACAAACGAUAGCAAGGUGUAAAAAUCAUUUUGGAUUUUGGCAGUUGGAAAACAUAUUAAUUAUCUAUUAACCUGCGAAUAUUUCUUUACCGAACCCCGGUUUCUUUCUUAGUCUGAUUUUUUAGUAAAAACAGAUGAAUUUUCUGAUUCCAAAGGAAAAUGUCUGCUUGAACGGUAAUGUGUCUACUUGUCCUGCACAUCUCAAUAAGCCUUUAUGACAGGAUUUAAGGAAAAUCUACCUUCAUGACUUGAACAAAUAGUACAAUGUGUUAUGCAUUACAAAUGAAAUGGCGUUGACCAUUUUCCUUUUUUCUAUCCAGCUAAUGAUUUUUGCUGACCUUUACUUUGUUCCUCUGUUUUGCGCUAGUAUAUCCACCUUACAGUCCUCAGAAAGCUCCUCGCUGCUUCGCGUUUGUGUCUUUCUGUGUAUGAGUGUAAAGGAAUGAGCGGAAAGAGAGAGGGAGUGGGGACUCUGCUAAUCCACGAGGUCUCCCGCCAAUGACUAGAGCUAGCUACCUCUUUCUGUGCUGUGUGCAAGCAACGUUAGCGCAGCCGCAGAAGAGGGGGGCGGAGCCAAAGUGUGCUUUCACACUCUUAACGACCAACAAUGACUCUGACAAGGCUGUGUGCCCUGUAGAUGUUGUGCAACUGGUGAUGGUGAUGUUUCCACAAUCUCCCGGUCACGUCUGACAACAUUUCACACACAGCUCUUUCAACGUGCUCCUCAUUUUGACGAUGGUGCUGUUUCUAUGCUUUUAACACAUUCUGUGUAUUCAAAAUGAGGUUGAUGUGGAGAAUUUUGUAUUAUUAACUACCUGCUGCACUGAAACUCUUUAGUAAUUGAUCGUUCAGUGGGACUAUGAAAAAGGAUUGUGGAGGAGUAUAAUUUAUGUUAAUCUUUCAUAACAAUCAGUUUAUGAAUCUGUUCAGUCACUGAUUAAAAUUGGACAAUACAGUAAAUAACACUGAUACCACUGUAAAAAAAAAUUUCCGGUGUAAGCCUGACUUAUGAUAAUUAUGACUUAAUUAUGGUUGUAAUUAUGUGGCAGUUCUUUUUGUAAGGUUUUUAUAAAAAUUGCCAUAUCCGUGUGCUUGUUGGUUUGUGGCGUUUUAUGGGAGGACACAGAAACAGAUGCGACAGCUUGACGAUCUGAAGAAAAGUAGGCCACAGGAAUAAUCUCACUUUGAAGUUCCGGCAUGCUGGUUCCUGCUCCAGCACAGAGGGAGAAUCUAGAGUGUGCUGGGAUUCUCUGUGUAGAAUGGCUCAUUUGCUGGAGGUGCAAUGUCAGUGACUGACUUGAGCAGUUGCAGUAAUAACAAUAAUAAUAAUAAUAAUAAUAAUAAUAAUAAAAUAAUAAUAAUAAUGUGCUCAUCAUGUUCAUCAUUAUUAUAAUGUUUACUUGCUCAGCUUUGUCUGGAAACUAAUGGAUUCUCUAUUCAUUCUAACGUUUCUGAUUUGUAUUUAACUUCGUUUAAGCAAAUUUUAGAAUGUUGAUGGAUCUGAAAAAGUGAAUGAUUGUGGGAGUUCAUUAUCGAUGUCAAAGUUAAAUCGCACUGCGGUCAGUUUGAAUAGAGACCCAGGGUUUAGGAACAAGCUGCAGUAAGAGUAAAGGCUAAUGCAUCCAGUAUACUUUGACAUAGUUGCGACUCAUAGUCCAGGCACAUUUCUCAUUGUUUCACAUCACCAUCAGAUCUUGCCCAGAAAUAUACAAGAACAUACCGAAGGAAUGUUGGAGGGCAAAGGCAUUUUUUUUUUUACCCAAGUUGAUUGAUCACUGAGAUUCAGUCCAUUGCCGUUAAUGAACAUGAACGAUAUGUUGAGAUAACUCUUUCACAGCCAAUGCCUACUUUAAUAGUACCGGCAAAGAGAGCUGCUAGACUGUCAAUGAACAGAAAUGAUGAAUCGCAAUGAGAUUUGUACUUUUUGGUUGCUUUUUAUAAAUGAUGUAAUUCUGUCUAUUUCACAUGCAUGAAACUUUUAGCUGAUUUACCACGUUCUGGUUUUUAAAUUGAACGAUGCAAUUCAUCCAGUGUGCAGAAUGAGUUGCUUGUUAGCUAAAAAAAAUAAAAAAAAAUCAGUGGUCGAACAAUGGUCGAAUAUACUGUUUGUCAAUAUAUAAAUAUAAACAUUAUUGAACUAACUGGCCUAUGAAGUCUGUACUGUUUUCUUUAUUAGUUUAUUCGACAGAGUUAAUAGGUGACAACAAUAUGAUUUAACUCACACAUUUUGAAUUACUUACAACAUUCACAACCUUGUAAUGUACAAAUAAAUAAGCCUAGUUUGAUGAACAAUGAAAGAUCCUCUAACAGCAAAUAAAUGCUCACACUUCCAUGAGCACGAAUGUGUAUGGAAGAUCACUGAAAUAUAUGUAGUAGCUGGGCUUUGUAAAUGCACGGGGGCUGAACACCGGUCUUAAGAUCGGACCAAUGAAUUCCCGGUUGGUCCGCUGAUGGAAUGCUGACUGCUGACACAAUUAAUACAGGUUUUCUUUUUUAUUUACGAUUGGCAAAGUUCACUGAUCACUAAAAUGCAUGAAAUGAAGGACACUUGGUUAAUCAAGGCCUAAUCAAGCCUGAAUGAUACCAAAAUUACAUAAAUUAAGAAGUUACAGUGGCUACAAUGCUAUGUAUGACCCUUUAUAAGAGAUAUAUAACCCAUUCAUAGGCAUUAUGUAGACAUUCACAAAGACUUAUGGAAAGACAGGCAUAUAGUGUGAAUCACUUGGUAUGUCUUAGUAAUGUCAUUUGGUGAAUUAGUGGUGAAACAAUGCACCUUAUGCCUUUUAGUGGUUAUUGAUAUAGGCAUUCAUGAAUGAUUAUGUACUGCUUAUGAAGGGCUACUGUGACUGGAAGGACCAUUCACAGAAAUUGUUACUGUAUUUUGUGCUAUACUUUCAGCAUAUUAUUUUGAAUUUUGAAGGCAGUCAAAUCAGUGCAUUGGGCAGGUGGGCGUUUGACUGAUUGUACAAUUCACGGGAUUAUAUCAAUCAUGAUCACAGAACUACUGUAUAAAUUCUUAAGGAAAUGUUGCAUUGUGCACAGUACAUUUUUCUGAAAAGCAUGAGGUCUGCAUAUUGGCAAACUGUUUACGUUAUGGACCUGGCAAGGUUCAUGUUUUAGUUAUUUUAAUUUAAUUUUUUUGUGAAAAAUAUUCUUUGAAAUGACUUAAAAAUUGCAACUUGUGAAUAAAACAUGAAUAAAA